AUCAUUAUAAGCAAUAAAAUACGCAAAAACAAACUAUACUGCUGACAUUUUGCGGUGCACAAGAUAAUACUACAUGAUGAAGCAAUCUGAUAACAAAAAAAAAAGUAUGUCCCUGAAUGUUUUCACAUUUUUAAGAAAACUCAGUCUCAUAAUACUCUCUCCUUCUCCCUGUCUCUGUCAAGUUAGUUGCUGCAAAUCUGCUAAAGACUCUCCCCCUCUGAGUACUUCUGAUUAAUUGUGCUAGUUUCGUAUAGUAUGUAUCCAUGUAAUACCUAAAUUUUGAACUUCCACUUUGUUCACUUUUUGGUACAUUAGUGUACACUAUGGUUGUACAUUGGCUUCAAGCUGCCAUGGCUAUGACGACCAAGGCAAGGACAUAGAUACAGAGCACAUGUCUGCAUGCGUAAAAUGUGAGAAACGAAAAUGAAUCUUCGAAAAAAAAAAGGUGUCUGGUGUGGUCAUCGGUGAAUGGUGAUAGUGAUCGGCACCGGAUAGUGAUAGACUUCCUACUUUAUUACAUCCGAAAGUGUCUUAUGUAGUGCAUCUCUUGAUGCUGCUGUGCGUUAAUAAAGAUUUCUUUAUCGGAAAAAUCUACUUUAUAGAAAUAGCCACAAUGUUUAAAACUAGCACAAUCAAUCCCCAUUUUCAGGGAUUCAUGCAUGAUUUCCAAACCUUUCUAUGCACAACUAACCCUCUCUCUCCAAUCCCUAAAAAAAACCUCUCUCUCCAACCUAAGCAUCACAUGCUAGCUAUAUUAAGUUAGCCUAAAAUUGUAGACAAGACACUAGUUUCUACUAUCAUUGCAUCAAAUUCCCCAAACUAGACUCGGUUGCGAGCUCACCUUCAAAAAUGGAUCUCGUGGACGUUACAGCGUCCGCUUCAAGGUAGAAACGCGAGCUGGAGUAGUUACUGUUCACAGCCGUACACAUCGCACGUAAAGCCACAAGACAAUUCGCCAUCUAGAACGAGUCACGACAUCCUGCGUCUGCCUGCUGGCACUGCCCAUCUAUCGUGAACCAAAUUCGACAGGUUGAGAUCGACGGCACCGGCAGAUCUGUAAAAAAGAUAGGGACAUCACGGCAGCUAUUGUCUGCGGCCCAUACCUUGUCUCGAAGAAUAACCAACACUCCAUGGGUCUUUACACACUCGCCGUCGUGGCCGUGCUCCUGAGCGCCUCGCGGCCGCUCCGGGGCAAUUGCGCCGGCGACGUCGACAACGACCUGCUCCCGGUCGUGCUUGUGCCCGGCUACGGGUCCAGCCAGCUGGAGGCGCGGCUGACGGCGGCGUAUGAGCCGCCGGCGCCUCGCUGCGGCGCGCGGAAGGGGGAGGGCUGGUUCCGGCUGUGGCCGAUCAACCACACCGCUAUGCGGCAGAAUCCCGCCGACGCCCCGUGCUUCGCGGACCAGAUGAGCCUCGUCUACGACGCCGUCGCGGACGACUACGGCGACGCCGCCGGCGUCGUGACCCGGGCCCCGUUCUUUGCCUCCACGCGCGGCUUAAUCGGGUGGGACCGCCUAGUGGAACAGCUGGAAGCUACGGGCUACCGCGACGGCGAGACCCUGUUCGGCGCGCCGUACGACUUCCGCUACUCCGUGGCGCCGCGCUACUACGGACGCCUCGCGCCCCUGAUCGAGAGCGCGAGCUCGCGCAACCGGGGCCGGCCGGUCGUCCUCGUCGCGCACAGCCAGGGCUGCGCGCUGGCCUACCAGUUCCUCCUCUCCCGCCCGCUCGCCUGGCGCCGGCGCUUCGUCAAGCACGCCGUCCUCCUCUCCGCCGCGCUAGGCGGCUUCGUGGAGGGGAUGAACAUUCUCGCCGCCGGCAUGGACUACGGCCUGCCGAACCUCGCCAGGGAAGCCACGAUCCGGCUGGCGCGGAGCCAGCAGAGCGCGCUCUGGCGCCUGCCCACGCCGAUCGUGUUCGGGGACCGCCCGCUGGUCGUCACGCCCGACAACAACAACACGACAUACUCGGCCCACCAGAUCACGGAGUUCCUCGACGCCAUCGGCUUCCCGGAAGGGGUCAGGCCGUACCUGACGCGGGUGCUGCCGCUGUGGGAGGCGCUCCCGCCGCCGAUGGUGCCCGUGACCAGCAUGAUCGGAGCCGGCGUCAGCACGCCGGAGACGUUCGUGUACGGCGGGGACGGGUUCACGGGCCGCCCGAAGGUGGCUUACGGCGACGGCGACGGCAACAUCAACAUGGCGAGCCUGGUGGCUGUCGAGAAGGAGUGGUCUGGCGUAGAAGGCCAGGUCUUGAAGGUUGUCAGGUUUCCCGGUGCGCAUCACGGUGACUUCCUCACUGUUGAUUUUGCUGUCAAGAAAGUGGUCGCUGAAAUACACGAGGUUGGUAGAUCCGUGAAACUCUGCUCGAAGACUGGAAUGCAGAGACGUGCAAUGCAGUAGUCGUGCCAAUUGCCAGCGCAAACUGAAACUAACCUGGGAUAAUUCCACGCGUUGGAAUUAUCUGGGAAGCAUAGAACUUGGAAGUCUUGGAGCGGAUGAUCAUAUAUUGUUUCAGAUUUGCUACGCCUGACAAAAGUAGUUUCUCAGUUGAUCUAGACAAAAUAGAAAUAAAAAAGAAACAAAUGAAUAUAGAAAACGAAUUUGCUGGUUUCGUGGCUGGUGUUUAGCUUCGUUACGGUCAUGUAUAGGUGGGAGGUAAGAUUCACCUGCAUGUCCAUUUUUCUGUUGUUUUUUCUUUCUUUUUUUUAUUCUCUGUACCUUGGUUCAUUUUUACUUUUUAUUGUUUUUCUUUGUUUUCA